AUGUUUGGACAUCUUGUCCAUGAUUUUCUUACUUCAAUGAUGUAUGUACCUGAUUACGUUAAUAAAUCUGGUUUUGUCGUAAUGAAACCUAUAACAGGGCUAAAGAUAGCUCAAGAUUGGUGUAAUUUCCUUCAUAUCAAUGCAAAAGUUGUAGAUUUAAAAGUAGGUUCACAAAUUCAAGUAAAUGAACUAAUUGCAAUCACAGGCCAUGAAAAUACACAUGGGGUUACAGUUGGAGGAAUCAAAAGAUUAAGAAAACAUAUUGAAAAUCUGCUCGGAUUUGAUAAAAUUAAACCGUGCAAAUAUGUAUUAGCUAAUAGACCUAAAGAAGAUCGUCGUUCAAUUAUCCAGAUUGAUAAACUAUUCGAAGAAGUCAAGAAAAUUGAUGAAAGAUUCAUAUUAUUUAAUUAUCCAAUAAAAAAUUUGACUGAAAACGCUCUAUUUUGGUCUGAUAUCAAAAUAUUUGUAGGACCAUGCGGAUCUCAGAUGUAUAAUUCAAUUUUCAUGAGAGAAAGAACUGGAUUUUGUUUAUUAUUCAGUCAUAUGGACUUGCCAAAUGUUCAGUUAGCUUUAGCAAGCAAUUUCUUCCUAUUUGGAUACGUUAGUUCUUGCGAAGUUGAAAAUAAUUUUGAAAAAAUUGAUAUUUCAAAGUAUAUUUUUUAUAUUAAGAAAGUAAUUUAUUGCGUUGAAAACAAUGGAUGGGAUAAUGAAACUCUUUCCACAGAAGAUUCCCCUCUUGUAUCAAGAUUUCCUUAUAAAUAUGUAAAAUCAAUGCCAUAUGUUCGUUAUGGCUCAGACAAUUAUCGUAUUGAUUCUCAGGUUUAG